AUGCAGACCAAGACAAGCCCCUCGUCCUCCUCUACCUCCUCUACCCGCACCUCAGCAACUAGCAACCUCUCGGCCCCUUCCACUGCCCCGACUCGUCAAUCCCCCUCAUCGAGCUCAUCGUCCGCUUCCUCUCAGUCACAGCCCGUAGGCAUCUCAAAGGGACAAAUCCAUGUCAAACUUAUAAACGGACGUGGAAUCAAUGUCUCGUCUUCCAACAGUCGACCCUACGUUGUCGUUCAAUUCGAACAGAACGAGUUCGUCUCGAGAGAUCCCACCGAUGAGAUGGACAAGGAGGUCAAGGGCACGGCCACCACCCUCUCAAGAACGAAUUCCUCCAAUGCUCUUAGCGCACUUAGCGCUAUCACCACUCGCCCAGGCGUCAAGACCGCGAAUGACGUUGCCAACGGCGCAGGCACCUCUACAAAGGGGAUUUCGCCCACUCAAACAUCAUUGCUACAGCCCCCACCAUCGGCGGCCAAUGGUUUAUUUGGUCGUCUUUCGGCCCACAGCCCCGUCUGGAAACACGAAGUGACCUUCGAUGUUACCUCCGAGGAAUCCCUCAUCUAUCUCAAUAUCUACGACCGGGCAGUCGAGGAAUUGGGCUUCCUUGGUACAGUGCAGAUUAAGCCUGUCCUUGUACACGAUCACACGGUUGACCAGUGGCACAAGCUCCGGCCGUUCGAGAGCGAGGAUGUUACCGGGGAAAUACGCGUCCAGGUCACGUUCGAGCAGUGCAAGACAAGGCGCACGUUGACUCCUCGCGACUUCGAGUUCUUGAAGCUCAUCGGACGCGGGACAUUUGGCAAGGUGUUCCAAGUACGGAAGCGGGACACUAAGCGGAUAUACGCCAUGAAGGUGCUCUCGAAGAAGGAGAUCGUCGCCAAGAAGGAGGUCGCACAUACCAUUGGCGAACGACAUAUUCUCCAGCGGUCCCUUGAAAGCCCUUUCCUCGUUGGCCUCAAGUUCUCGUUCCAGACGGAUUCCGAUCUUUACCUUGUUACCGACUUCAAGUCUGGCGGUGAACUUUUCUGGCACUUGCAGAAAGAAACCCGUUUCAGCGAGGAACGUGCCCGAUUCUACAUCGCCGAGCUAGUGCUCGCUCUCGAACAUCUCCAUAAAUAUAAUAUCGUUUAUCGUGACCUGAAACCUGAGAACAUCUUACUUGACGCGACAGGACACGUCGCACUAUGCGAUUUCGGUCUCUCGAAAGCUGGCCUUCAGCCUGAUGAACUGACGACGACAUUCUGCGGUACAACUGAAUACCUCGCGCCCGAGGUGCUCCUCGACGAACAUGGUUACAGCAAGCUCGUGGACUUCUGGAGUCUCGGCGUGCUUCUGUUUGAGAUGUGCUGUGGCUGGAGUCCAUUCUACGCGGAAGAUACGCAACAAAUGUACAAGAACAUCUGUUUCGGUAAAAUCCGCUUCCCGAGGAACGUCAUCAGCGAGGAUGGCAAGAUGUUCGUCAAAGGGCUUCUCAACCGGAAUCCCAAACAUCGUCUUGGUGCUCGAAACGACGCUGCCGAGCUCAAGGAGCACCCCUUCUUUGCUGCGAUCGACUGGAGCGCUCUGCUCCUUAAGCAGGUUACCCCACCGUUCAAGCCCGUCGUUGAAUCCGAUGAGAGUACGGCAAACUUUGACCCCGAGUUCACGACAGCUGAUGUUGGCGACAUGGAUCUCGACAUCCACCUCGAUGAGGAAGACCCAAGCGAAAAUUGGACCAUGAGCGCAAGCGUGGGUGGUUCAGGCUUCGCACAUACCCCAAAUGGACCUCUCGGCAGCGAACGGUCAGCUCCCCUCAGCCCAACGGAGCUUCCACCAGGUGUCGGUGCAGGCUCGAGCCCCAAUGGGUCUACGGGCAAAGGCAUUGAGAUUGGCAAGAAGAAGAAGAAGCGUGAGGUGGCCGGUUCUCCACUCACGAACAGCGUGCAGGAGAACUUCCGUGGCUUCACAUACUCCGGCGGGGAGAGCGUUGUCACACCUAUGGGCGUCAUCGGCGGAUCCUCUGGUUAUGAGGAUGAGGAAGAGGCCGUUGUCGAUGAAGACGGCGUGGACGAAUUUGACCCUGAAGACGCGGAAGGUUUCGCAGGCCGCUACGCUGGCCGACUGAGAAAUGGCGUCGACGAUGAUAUGGCAUGA